AUGCUCUCUCAUUGCUCCUGUGAGGGGAAAGGCACCCUUUCGUGUGGAUCUACCUCCAGCUGGGUCCUGCUGCUCUGUGCUGCAGCACUGGCAUCUUUUCCUCUGGCUCUGGGAUUCAACCUGGACACAACACAGACACUGACCAAGGAGGGUGAGAAGGGCAGCUUCUUCGGCUUCUCCUUAGCUCUCCACCAGCAGCUCAGUCCUAUAUCCCACAGCUGGAUCCUGGUGGGAGCGCCACGAGCACGCGGUCUGGGUGCCUUGCAGGGUAGCCGUCCUGGUGCUCUGUACCGUUGUCCAAUCACAGCCGAGGAGUACGACUGUGAGCGAGUGGACAUUGAUGGGGAAGUAAGGCCUGACCGUGAGAGCAAGGACAACCAGUGGCUGGGUGUCACCGUUAGGAGUCAGGGGAUUGGUGGAAAAGUCGUGACCUGCGCCCAUUUGUACGAGCUCCGCCAGCGUGUGAACCAGUCGUCCGAGACUCGGGACCCCAUUGGGCGCUGCUACGUGCUGAGCGAGGACCUGACAGAGCGUGACGACCUGGACGGGGGCGAGUGGAAGUUCUGCGAGGGGAGGCCGCAGAGCCAUGAGCAGUUUGGUUUCUGCCAGCAAGGCCUGGCUGUCAGCUUCACGCCCGACAAGAACUUUAUCCUCUUUGGUGCUCCAGGCACCUACAACUGGAAAGGAGAGUUGCGCGUGCAGCUCCUCAAUCAGUCCCUCCUUGAUUUGGGCUUCUACGAUGAUGGGCCAUACGAAGUAGCUGAUGAGAAACAACAGGAUGCACGGCUAAUCCCAGUUCCCUUCCACAGCUACCUGGGGCUAUUGUUCAUGGCUAGUCCCGUGGAGGACGCACUGGUGUACAAAACCCUGGAGCCGUUAUACCGCCCCACCACCUUUGAGGACGUAGCUCAGAAUAGCUACUUAGGAUUCUCUGUUGAUUCCGCUAAGGACGUGCUGAGUCGAGGGCACCUGACCUUCGUGGCGGGAGCGCCACGUGCCAACCAUACGGGCGCAGUGGUGCUGCUGCGAAAGGACAACGUGUACCGGCUCGUACCCCAGCACAUCCUGUGGGGGGAGGAGCUGGCCUCCUCCUUCGGCUACUCGGUGGCCACGGCGGACCUCAACAAUGAUGGGUGGACAGAUAUAAUUGUUGGGGCCCCCAACUUUUUUGACCGCAAGGCGGAGAUUGGAGGGGCGGUGUAUGUGUACCUGAACCCAGCGAGCCACUGGCACCAGGCGCGGCCCAUCCGGCUGAACGGAACGCAUGACUCCAUGUUCGGCCUAGCUGUCACCAGCGUGGGGGACCUGGACCAAGACGGCUAUGGGGACAUUGCGGUGGGAGCUCCAUUCGAUGGAGACGGUAAGGUCUUCAUCUACCGCGGUUCAUCCUCGGGCAUUGACACCAAGACUUCCCAGGUUCUGGAUGGGGUCGGGGUGGGGGUGAAACACUUUGGCUAUUCUAUUUCUGGUGGUCUGGACAUAGAUGGGAACUCAUACCCUGACUUGGCAGUGGGUUCCCUUGAUGACCAGGUUGUGUUGUACAGAUCUCGCCCCGUCAUCCAUCUCAGACGGGACAUCAGUAUUGAACCCCAAAACAUUGACUUGGAGAACCGUAACUGUAAAGGUCGUGAUGGAGUGUGCGUGGAGGUGAAGGCAUGUUUCACCUAUACUGCUCGUCCGACAUCAUACUCACCCUACAUCACCCUGGAAGUGCGCUUUGAGGCCGACACGGAGCGCAGGAAGCUAAACUUGCCCCACCGCAUCAGCUUCUUGGGUCGCACCGCAUCGGAGCUGGAGUACCAGCGCUCUGAGGAGGUGGAGCUUCGUGGCCAGAGCCAACCGGCGUGCAAGGUGGCGACCUUUCAGCUACAGGAGAAUCUCCGUGACAAGCUGCGCCCCAUUUCCCUGGCAAUAACACACAGCAUCAAACGAGCCCGCCACCUCGGACACGUCGCUCCCAAACACCUGGGGCCGCUGUCUCCCGUGCUGAGCGCUUCCAUUUCCAGCACUCUGCACACAGAGGUGAACUUCUUGCGGGAGGGAUGUGGGGAUGACAGGAUCUGUCAAAGCAACCUGCAGCUGAGCUAUCGCUUUGGCACCCGUCCUGUAAACUCUGACCUUUUCACCCCUUUGCCCAUAGAUGAAGAUGGAGUACCGGUCUUUUCGCUGUCCGACCAGCGGUCAAUAGCAUUGGAGGUUUUGGUCACCAACAUGCCCUCUGACCCCCAGCGACCACACGAGGAUGGAGAUGAUGCCCAUGCAGCGCAGCUCCUGGUGACCCUUCCUGACACGCUGUCCUACUCUGGUUUCAGAGGUCAACAGGUGGUGUGCCAGACCAACCAAAACGGCUCUCAGGCUGAAUGUGAGCUGGGAAAUCCGCUGAAGAGAGACUCCAAGCUAAAAUUUUAUAUUAUAUUAAGCACAUCUGGAAUCACCAUAGAAACCACAGCACUGUCAGUUGAUCUCCUGCUGGUGACCAUAAGCGAGCAGUCCGAUCUGGCACCAGUCAGAGCCCAUGCUAAAGUAGUCAUUGAGCUCCCUCUGUCCAUCAGCGGGGUGGCCCGGCCUCAUCAGCUCUUCUUCAGCGGGACGGUGAAGGGCGAGAGCGCCAUGGUGACUCUAGACGAUGUGGGCAGCCCGGUGGAAUUUGAGUUCACGGUGACCAAUCCAGGGCAGUUUCUGCAAACACUGGGCUCUGCCUUCCUGAACAUCAUGUGGCCCCACGAGCUGGCUAAUGGGAAAUGGCUGCUCUAUCCCACCGACGUGCAUUUCCAGGGGCACCCGAACACUCACUGCACCCCCGCCACCCUCAAUCCACUGAGCCUGACUGACAGUCAUCCCCGCCAGGCGUCCCGUCCUGUGUGUAACCCAUCCAGAAGAAAUGUACGUUCCCACCAAGAGGAAGACAACCAGGACAUGGUAAAGGACACUGUGGCCAGGAGCACCCCAGCAGUGGCAGCCUCUGAGCGGAGGAAGUCCUUGCAGUUGGACUGCCUCCUGGGCUCGGCCCGCUGCCUUCUGCUCCAAUGUCCGCUGCACAGCAUCUCCGGCUCAGCUGUGCUCAGCGUCCAAGCCCGGCUGUGGAACGCCACAUUCCUGGAGGAGUUUUCCUCAGUCAGCGCCCUGGAGCUGCUAGUGAGAGCCAACAUCACAGUCAAGUCCAGCAUCAAGCACCUGGUUUUGAGGGAUGCUGCUUCACAGGUCUCAGUCAUGAUCUAUCCAGAACACGGGGUGGCAGAUCAGCACGGGAUCCCUUGGUGGAUCAUCCUCAUCGCCGUGCUAGCUGGAAUACUUGUCCUGGCUCUGCUAGUGUGCAUACUCUGGAAGUGUGGCUUCUUCCAGCGAGCCCAGUACAAAGACACCGUGCCCCAGUACCACGCCAUAAAGAUUCCUCGUGAGGACCGCCCACAGUUCCAGAACGAGAAGACGGGAACAUUACGCAAGAAGGACUGGGCCACACACUGGAGCGAUGGAACAUCCUGAGCUUUGUAUCGACUCAGUCCUGUACGUGCAGUGUCCACUGGGGUCUCUGAAAGCCGAUCUCUCCACUCAACAGACUGCCUCAAUACAGGGCGUUGUGAUAAAACGUAAAGUACCUUCUGAAACUCUGGACCACACUCCACACAGAACUGCAAUGACAAAAAUUCGACUAUAUUCAAUGGCAAAGCAUACAGUUUAUUGAUCCCGACUUAGAGACUGAUAAAAAUACAGAAAGGGCACUGAAGCAAGCAUGCACUGACUGCUGUAAUGCACACUGUACAAUUAAUAGUUCACUAAUCGAUGGACAGCGAUGCCUAAAAAGGCUGCCUGAACAGGCAAUCGAUAUCUUGUCCCCAACUCCCUGAUGCCAUCCGUUAGGAGGAAAAAUGUGGAAGUGAUGGCUGCACUGCUACUGACACAUAAACAUACAGAAUUUCGAAGGAAAAAAUGUUGUCUAGUCACUAUAACUAAACUGCUCAUAUUGAAUGAAACACACAUACACACACAAAGGCACAGGACACACAGUUAAUAAGACUCAAGCAGUCCCUUUCUCCAGGUUACCAUGACAAUGUAAGGCUGGGGCUGGUUCUUGUCUUAAAGUGAAGGGAUAAAACAUACUGCUUUUGUAUUUGCUUUAACAGUUUUUUUUUUUCUUUUUUGGGGGCUUCAUGAGCAUAGAGACAAUCCAGGCACUUGCCUGGGUAGAUACGUAAAGGGAUCCCACAUAACCUGUCUUCAGCUCAUUAUCCAUAGUCUCUGAAUCUAUGUGACUUCGACAAAUAAGCAUCAUAUGGUUCACUUUAGAUGAAGACAAUUCCUGAACAGUGUUUGAAACAAGCAGGGAGAGAGGAGAAACUUUGCUUUCUUUUUUGAGGUGUGCUUUUACAUGGGCUGGAAUUAACAGCAGUGAGGAAAAAAAAGAGAAAACACCAUGAGAAUGCUUGGUCAGAUAUCAAGGUACUUUGAAAACCAAGAAGUUGCUGACUUGGGCUUUCAGUAAAAAAGUAUAAAAAAGACAUGAGAUCAUAGUCAUACUUUUUAAAGUUACGUAAAGAGGAUGUAGCUUAUGUUUUGAAAUUGUAACUAGAAAUAUGACAAGAGUAGUUCACAGUUUUUCACGGUUAUGAUUUGAAAGUGCCUUAUUGAAGUGCAAACUAAAUACAGCACCCAAGAAAUAAAUAUUUUUAUAAAAAAAAAUCUAAACAUAAUCACAGCAUAUUAUGAAAAGGGCCUUAUUUGGUUUCUCUAAAUUUUUCCUUGUAUUGAAGAAGGAGACCUAGUUGGUCGUUAAAAGCCAGCGUUUCAAAGAUUUUUAAUCCUUCAGAGUGUGCGGGAAUUUGGGCACCUGUUGUCAUAGAGACCAACUCCAGUUCAGGCUGAAAGCUACACAUAGGUAUUGCUGGACAAUCUUGUUCUAAUUCAUAGGUCACAAUUGCUGUACACACUGGUUUGUUUAACAGGCUCAUGUUUUUUUAUUUAUUUCUGCCUCCUGGGUUUUACAACUAUAAAUACAGAAAGACAGAAAUGUUUAGAGAUGGAACUGUUUAAAAAUAUAUAGAGAGAAACUGCGGAGAGAAACAGGGAAAAAGACGGCAAGCAGAUGACUCAGAACCCCAAGUGUAAUGAUGUGUUGUACAUUUAGCUGAGAUUUUUCUCAAAAGCAAGUCACAGUGUUAAACUUACAGUUAUUUAUCUAUUUGUACA